AUGGCGUCUGCCGUCCCCGCCUUUACCAACGACGGUAGCUGGGGCAAUGCUUCCAUGAAUAAUUCCAGUAGUCACCAGCAGGCGGAUGAAGCUACCGUGGAUGCCUACGCCGUGAAAGUGUUGGAGGACGCGAGUCCCCCCGAUGUGGCAGUGGAUGCCGAGUACUUGGGAGCCUACAUUACGGGAGUGCUGCGGGCCGAGGGAGCCUCUCAAGUGGAAGCAUUGCCCGACUAUGAGAACGUGGUGGAGCUGCUGCAGGAGCAUUGCAGCAUGACCCAAGUCGAUGCCAAGAUUACGCUCCAAAAAAUCACACAAGCCGUCGUGACGGGCAUUGUUCCUCGCUAUCAUGCUCCGUUUGGAUCGCCUCCUAGUUCGGGUGGAAAUGCGCUCAGUGCCUUGCAGUUGCUCGAAUCGGUCAAUGUCGAAGAAGCCGUGGAAGAAUCUCAUAAUAGUGCCGAAUUCACAGCAAUACAUCUGCAAAUCGAUACGACGACAAUAACCAAUCAAACCACAAAUGCCAACAACAACACCAGCAACAAUAUCACUACAGCGAACGAAUUGGUAGCCACGGCACUCAUUUCACCCGUACAACCCGACAAUCUGAUUCCCUUGGAUUUACUGGGAGCCAUUGACGAUGAAGAUGCCGUCGGAGUGCCCAUUCCGGGUCCAUCCACCACCACUACUAGCGCCGAUGAUUCCCUACUCGAGGAGGACGACGACGAGUUUCCCUCACUGGCCGUGGCGGCCAAAAUUUCCAAAAAAUCAUCGAGAUCUUCACGAUCUCGUCAGGGCAGCAUUGACGAAUCGUCGCUCAAAUCGGACCAUUCCUCCAAAAAGGUAUCUCCGAAUUUGCAGCCCACGGCGGCGCCCCAACAACAACCUUACUAUUACCAACUCGAUCAUCAUCAAGAUCCUGCCACCAUGUUGCAAAUGGCCUGUGACAUGCUCACACACAUGAACCCCGACAUGGGACAGGACGCCAUUUUCCACGCGGCCACCAUGGCCAAUUCCGAUGUCGGUGUAGCGCAGUACCUUAUGGAUUGUGCCAUGACGGCACCCCCCGUGUGUCGUCAUUUGUUGCAUUCCGGGUGCUACCGCAGCGACUGUCAAUUCUCCCACGAUUUGGAGGGGCAUACGUGUGUCUUUUGGGUUCGCGGGCGGUGCACCAAAAAAAGUGCGUGUUCCUUUUUGCACGGAUACAAUGACAAGUGGUUGGUGCAAUUGGAAGAACAGCAGCAACAAGCCGCCGCCGAAAUGGAACAACAGCAAUAUCAUCAUCAGCAGCAGGAGUACGCUGCCGCCGCGGCACCGUAUUAUCCUCACGAUGGAUCCUCGUGGGAACAACAGCAGCAGCAGACGACUGAAGCCACUGGUAGUUUUGCCAAUAUAGCUUCGCAAGGUUACAACGAUCAGACUUGUUUUCAGCAGCAACAGCAACAACAACGCAGUCUACAACAAGAUUACUACGAGGAAACCAAAUUCUCCGUGGGGGCCGUCCCCACCAUUCGAAUUCCACAAGAUGUCUGGAAUCCGCACGAACGUCGCGAUGCUUCGGCCUUUCACAUUGCCGAUCCGAUGGAACGAUACCGAGAAGUAUCACGCAUUCACCAAGAAACAGGUCAUACUCCGCGCACCGAUGUCAUUGACUUGCACUUUCAAUCGACCAAAACCUAUGCGGCCGUGCUCGAACAUGUACUCCCUGAAAAGCUGGCCGAAUCCAGAAAUAAUAAUGGAGUUUGGAUUGUCACGGGAACUGGACAUCACGUCGGCAACAAGACUCAUCAGAAGGGUGGAGGAAUCUUGGAAUCUGCCGUCAUGAGCUGGUUGACCGAACAAGGAUACGAGUUCUGGAAGGGUAAGGAUCGAAAUGGGCACGGUGGUGCUCUCUUUGUCAAAGGAGGUACUAGUAUAGCAGCACAACAAUAA